UUUGAAAGGAACAUCCGUACGUUGCGUCGGAUCGGUAACGGGAUCGUUAACCGUAACGCCACAGAGCUUCCUGGAACUGUCUUUGGUAGCUAGUGCUUUGGAAACCCCAUCGCUAGUAGCGUCAACCUUGCGGUCAAGUUGGGUCGUAACAAAAUGUGAAGAGAGCUAGCUAACGAUGUGAUAAAUAUAUAGAAUAGCUAGCGAAUUACCACCGUCGUAUUGGUGAAACAAGGGAUCUUUUUGUUGUUGUUGCCAGGAACUUGGGUUGGUGACACGUGUUCAGCUGGUCAGGAACUGCUGUGUGGUGGUGGUCUAUGUAACAGACAAGUACGAACAACACAUCCAGAGUCACCAUGGGCCAGGACAGAGGGAAGUAUGAUUUCUACAUCGGCCUGGGACUAGCCAUCAGCUCCAGCGUCUUCAUAGGCGGAAGCUUCAUCCUCAAGAAGAAAGGACUACUCCGCCUGGCCAGGAAGGGACAGUGCAGAGCAGGCCAGGGUGGACAUGCAUAUCUCAAAGAAUGUCUCUGGUGGGCUGGCUUAUUAUCGAUGGCAGCUGGAGAAGGGGCUAACUUUGCAGCGUAUGCCUUCGCUCCUGCUACUCUCGUCACUCCUCUGGGGGCCCUCAGCGUGCUGGUCAGUGCGGUGCUGUCGUCGUACUUCCUGACAGAGCGUCUGAACCUGCAUGGGAAGUUGGGAUGUCUGCUCAGUAUCUUGGGUUCUACUACCAUGGUGAUCCACGCCCCUCAGGAGGAAGAGAUCAACAGCCUGGACCACAUGGCUCGGAAACUGGUCCACCCAGGUUUCCUGGUGUUUGCCACCUUCGUCGUCAUCGUAGCGCUCGUCUUCAUCCUGGUGGUUGGCCCUCGGCACGGCCAGACCAACAUCAUGGUGUAUAUUACCAUUUGCUCUGUGAUAGGAGCUCUGUCUGUGUCGUGUGUGAAAGGGUUGGGCAUCGCCAUCAAAGAAGCCAUAGCUGGGAGGCCCGUGGUGGGGAACCCUUUAGCCUGGGUGUUAAUGCUCGGGCUGGUGGCCUGCGUCUCCACUCAGAUUAACUACCUGAAUAAAGCUCUGGAUAUCUUCAACACCUCUCUGGUCACACCUAUCUACUACGUGUUCUUCACCACCUCAGUCCUCUCCUGCUCGGCCAUCCUCUUCAAGGAGUGGGAGCACAUGGCCACUGCUGACGUUAUCGGGACUCUGAGUGGAUUCCUGACCAUUAUAGUUGGUAUCUUUCUGCUCCAUGCCUUUAAGGACCUUAGUGUGAGCCUGUCCACGUUGGCUGUGUCCAUCAGGAAGGACGAGAGGCCCGGGCCGGCAGCUAACGGAGUGGCGACACACGGCGGCUACGACCUGCUACACAAUGACUCCACGGAGAUGGACCUGGAGGAGAGGGAGGUGGGCCUGCCGUUUGACAGUCUGUCCAGGAGGAAUGGUGCCACGACAGCCUCUUAGAGGAACUAUCUGCCUGGUCCUGGGCCUCCAGACCCCCCCAUCCUACUGACAGACUCUUAGAGGAACUAUCUAGCCGUCUGGUAUAGUUCUACUGACUAGGACCAGUACAUUGGUGUGGACGUUUUGUUGCGUUUGUUUGGAAACCUUAAGACAAUCGACUCUAGGGGGGGAAAAAAACCCUCUGACACGGACGGACCAACUGAUUGUAUUUGCCUUCUGUUUUCAGACAGAGCUUCAUCUCUACAUAGAGCGAUCAAUGUUUAACUCUUUAUACUUUCUGUACAGCCACUGAGUGUCUCUAAAUGAACAGUCUUAUUUAGGUAUAAUAUCCUUAUUUGAUCCCAGGUCUUUGUCUGGUUACGGGCCUGUCUGGUUAAUAUGUAGAGUUCUGAAAAUCACCAUUAACCUUUUUUUUAUAUAUAUUGUUUGCAUAAAAAAAAUUAUAAUAAAUGCUCUCAAGAACAA